AUGGGCGUCGCCGUGCCUCGGGUCGACGCGCGCGUGGAGGGGAGCGCGUCGGGGCGUCAUAGGCAUCAUCGACAUCAUCGUCAUCAUCAUCGGCAUCAUCGUCAUCAUCGUCAUCGAUCGAUAUCGACGUGCGCGGUGCGCGCGCGGGCGCCCGUGCUCGGACCGAACGACGUCGCGACGGCGUUCGACGCGCGCGCGGUGUCGGGACCGAUCGUCGACGCGCGGUUUCGGGACGACGGCGAGGCGUGGACGAUGUGGUACACCGGAACGAACGCGGACGGCGUCGAUAGCGUCGGUGUCGCGACGUCUUCGGACGGCAUCGCGUGGAACCGGGGAAGCGGUGAUGCGGUGAUGUAUCGGAGCGAUGGGUCGUCGAACGCGUCCGUGGACGUCGGUCGCGUGCUCGGGGCGAACGCGGAGGAUUGGUGGACGUUUGACGUCGCGGGCGCGUGCGCGGGCGACGUGCGGUUAAUCUCGAGCGACGCCGUGCGAGGGGCGUCGGUGUACUGGAUGUUUUAUCACGGGUACGAUCACGCGGCGAAAGGGGCGAAGAUCGAUGGACGAAGAUCGGUGGACGGCGCGGAGGACGUCACCACGCGCGUCGGGUUGUGUCUGUCGCAAGACGGGAGGAAUUGGGCGAGAAUCGAGGGCGAGCAUCACACCGGCGCUUUGUUCGACGUCGGAGAAGAGGGCGCGUGGGAUCACGCGUGCGUGAGAGAUCCAAAGGUUUUGCUCGCCGGACCGAGAGACAUUCGGGUGUAUUACGCGUCGAUGGACCCGUCGACGGGGACGUCGUACAUCGGGUGCGCGCGAACGAAGGAUGGUUUCGUCUACCCGGCGAGCGAUCGAAGCGCCGUCCCGAUGUUCGCUCCGGGUCCGCCGGGGAGCUUCGACGACGCCGGCGUCGGCGCGCCGUGCGUCGCGCGUCUGGGCAAGGAGGAAUUCGUCAUGUUUUACGAGGCGUACUCCGCGCGCGCGCCCGGAGUGAGCUCGAUCGCGGUCGCGACCUCGCGAGACGGCGUGACGUGGACGAGACCUUCGAAACCCGCGCUCGAGCGCGGGGAGGAAGGCGCGUGGGAUCACGGCGGGGUCGGGAAGCCGUACGCCGUCCCCAUGGCUGGGGACCGCGUUCGAUUGUAUUACGAAGGCCGCGCGCGCGCCGGGGACGAUCGAGGGUCCGGCGUGGGCGUCGCUCUGAGCGUCGACGGCGAUCGAUUUUCUUUCGCCAGAAGAGUCCGGGCCGACGUCCCGGGGGCGCGGUAG